AUGGUAGAACAUCCUCAUAGGCCAGCAACACGGGUGGAAGAACACUGUGCUUCACCUUAUUUAAUUCCAGAAAAUGACGUUUUAUUGGUAAGUGCCAAUGACGAACCACUUCUAAACAAUGAGGACACUUAUAAAAUAGAUUUGGGAGUUCCAAGUUGUUCUGGAUUACAUAAACCUAUUCGUCCAAUCUCUAGUUCUGACUCUGCAAUUUCUGAUUUAGAUGCUUUAGUUCAUAAGUCUCUCUUUAAAAAAUGCGCUGCUGAAGACAUAUAUAGUUACUCGUCAGCUGAAGAUGAUGAAAAUACUGACUAUUUUAUCCCUAAAGGGCAAAUCACACCUAGAAAACAUAUUAUUAGUACCUCACAUGAAAUGUACGAAACAAAUGAUGAGAACUUUAGUGCCUCAGAUGGAGAUUAUAAUAUUAAUUUAAACAAACAAAGUAAUAAGACACCAUUCCAAAAAUUUUUGCCAACUCCCAAUUACGCACAAGUUAAAACAAAAAGACAGCGUAAGAAAGUGAUAAAUUAUAAAGGACAAAGAAUAACUAAGGAUCUAUUUUCAGGUAAGUGA